AAUGGCACAAGAUGACAAGUCGUCAUUCGUCAAGUUAGUGACCUUUUUACGAAUGAUGUUCUUCGAUAAAGUCGCGAUCUCAUCUUAACAAGGAAAAAGAUUAAUUGAGAUUUCACAGACAUUAUGGAUAAGUCUUCUGAAAACAGAUAUCGUCUUAUUGCACAACAAAGGGCCGCACAAAUCAGGACACUGAAACAGGAGUCAAACCUCUCUAGGGCACGUAGCCAAGAUGGUAAACCUGUGACAUAUACGAAAAUGAAAGAAAAAACCAAUAUCAAGAGACAUUCUCGAGUCAUGUCUGACCCAGAAAUACCUGGGAGACUAGUUAUAUUAAAUGCCAAAGGUUUGUUUCAAGGAAAGAUUAGGAACAAAACAGAACAGAGACCAGGAUCUGACAGUUUGAUAACAUCUAAAAACAUUAUGGACACAAGUGAGGGCAGACCAAAGUUCUUUGACCCAUCACUUACUAGUAAGCAAUCAAAAGUAUGUGAUCUAAGGAAGAGGUUUGAACUUGUUGAAAGUGACAGAGGGAUUGGAGCUGCUGUUGAUUUCUUGAAUCCAUUGCACAAAGUCAACAAAAACUUAACGGGUAAAACCAACAGAGAGAAACAGAGAGAUUCAAAGACUAUUCUGGAAGAUAAAAUUACUUUUAGUGAACAGGUAAUGCCAGGAAUAUUACCUGUAGAAGAAACUAAAUUAAUGGAUGAGUGUUCUUCAAAAGCAUCACAAGACAAGGUUGAAAUGCCAACACGACCUCCUCCAAGAGCUCUACCAAAAGAUGUAAAAAAUCGUUUUCGUGGUGAAUCAGACCCCAUGCCUUUGGAUGAGAACCGAGUGUCAAGGGUUCUUGCUUUCCCUCAGGAUAAUUUGCAUUCUGUGAUGGAAUCAAACCAGGAGGAUUCAGUGCAACAGAGGUCAGAAACUGAAAAACUUGAAAAUGCCAAUGAUUGUAACAAGGAAGGAGAAGAUCAUGAUGAUGACGGAUCCGACGAUGAUGACUGGGACAGUGAUUUUGAUGAUGAUAAUGAUGAUUUUGACGACAAUGAUGAGGAACUAAAACGUGACUCACAGUCAAGCAAUGACAGUUCUUGUGAUACAGCGCCUCUUGAAUUUCCUGAUGCCAUAAGUAAGAAGCUCUACAAUAUUGCCAUGGAAAUUCUUACCACUGAAAGAGCUUAUGUCAGAAGACUGCACCUACUUGAUCAGGUCUUUUACUUGAAAAUUAAUGAUCAGUGCUGUGCAAAAAGUAUUUUACCUAAGGAGGUGCUCACUGACAUUUUUUCCAACAUACAAGCUAUUCACCAACUGCACAGAGAUUUCUUACUACCUAAAUUGGAGGCAAGGAUGAAAGAGUGGGGCACCAACAACCAAAUUGGGGACAUUCUCAAAGAGCUAGCUCCAUUUUUAAAGUUGUAUACACAUUAUGUUGGAAACUUUGACAAAGCAACAGAAACUUUAGCAUCUUGGAUAAAAAAGUCACCUACUAUGGCAGCCGUGAUUGAGGAAAUCCAAAAAACUGAGGAGUGUGAACAUUUAACGCUUCAACAUCACAUGUUGGAACCAGUGCAGAGAGUGCCGAGAUACAAACUGCUCCUAAAAGACUAUGUCGCAAAGCUCCCAGAAGAUUCUCCUGACUUGAAGAACACUACAGAUGCCUUAAAAAUCAUCUCAGCUUCAGCUCAGCAUGCCAAUGACAGCAUGAAGAAAACAGAGCGCUUCAAGAUUCUUUUGGAAAUCCAAGAAAGAAUAGGAGAUGAUUAUCCACUGAUAACUGCUAGUCGUGAAUUUGUGAUGGAAGGAGAAGUUAGGAAAGUUGCAGCGAGGACGACAGACAGCCAUCAGGAACGAACACUGAUGUUGUUCAACGAUAUUCUCCUUUGCUGCGCAAAGUUUCCUGGCGCCAACAAAUACAAAGUGAAAGUACAGAUGGACUUGUAUGGAAUGGAAGUUGACGACGUCGACGAGGAACUGGAACUAGAGAACUCCUUUCGUAUCAUAAGCAAACAAAGAGUUAUGGAUUUCACUGCAGCGUCCGCCGAGGAGAAAGAAGCUUGGAUUAAAAAACUGAAAGAGACCGUGGAUGAACUGACAACAAAAAGAGAAAGUUAUCGAAGAGGGAGCAAGCUUGAAGUCAUGAAUGAGGGAGACCUCGGAAAGAAAGCGCCGGCCUGGGUACGAGACGAAGCAGUGAGCAUGUGCAUGUUGUGUGACAUCCUGUUUACGAGGAUUCGUCGGAGGCACCAUUGUCGCGCCUGUGGGAGGGUGGUGUGCGGAAAUUGUUCUGGUUUCAAAGCACCGCUGGAGUACAAGAAUGGGAAACAGGAGAAGAUUUGCGAAAUUUGUCACAAGAUUCUCAUGAAAGGCUCCAGCGAGGAAGCGGUGAAGGAAGCGGAAGGAAAAGGGCAAUGCGUGUUGAAAAUCGGCCAAGAAUCAAAGAUUUGGCACAGUGGAUACUUGAAUUUUAAGACCAAAGGUGAUAGGAGCUGGCAGAAGAGAUGGUUUGUGCUGUCGAGUGACUUUGUGAUGUUCCGGUACAAGGCCAAAAAGGAUACCAAAGCUGAAUUCAACCUACCCCUUCCUGGCCAUCAUGUAGACAAGCUAUCCCCGGCAGAUGAGGUGGACCGCCAGAAAAAUGUGUUCAAAUUGCAUCACAAAAACAUUCGAGUGUUUUUUUUCCAGGCCGAAAGUGAGGAGAGCAUGCGAAGGUGGAUGGAACUUCUGGCUCGUGCAAUAAAAGCUGAGGGAAUCGAGGAAAAAAAUCCGGAAAGUCAGGAAAGCAGUGAGACUGUAGAAGUCACAGUGAUUUGAGCCGUUCGAUAUAAGUAGUUUUAAAAUAUUUAACAACAGGAUAAUUUUAUUUCAAAUGAGGAGUUUUAAAACAUCCGUUCCCCUAACUAGGUAGUAAUUCUAAAUAAAUUUAUUUCACGCUCAUAAUUUUCCCCAAAAUUUAUGAGACUUUUUAGCCCAUACGAGACAUGAUCAAAUUAUGGAAUAUUAUGGGAUGCUUUCAAGAGCCAGUAGGUUAAUGGAAGGCACAACUAAUAUGCCAAAUAUAGUUAUAUUUUUCUAGAUCCCUACAUAGCAUAUUUUGUACAUGUAACCCUCGUUCUCUCCUCACUUUUAAAACUGAAAAAAAUAGAGAUGAGGUUUUUCUUUCAAUAACAUCCUCUUAUGCAUAGAUAAAUCUACAAUCGGCGUAAAAAUUAUCGACACUGACCUGUUCAACCCCCAAUUAGUUAAAUUUUAUCUGAUUUGCCCUUGUUAAGUUUCGCCCACUCCCUUCCCCCCCCCC